AUGUGGGCAAUGGCUGAUAGCCAGGACAAAAAAACAAACAAGUUGACACUUAAGUCAAAGGAUGUAUUGAUUCAUGUGCAUUUGUAUAUUAAGGAUCUCCUGAAGGAUGCUAUCCUCAGCUACCGACUGACCAAGUGCAGUCUGCACAUGAGCGGAAUUCUUGUGGAAUUGCUGCAUCUCUGA